CAAAUACUUGAACAUAUCCACUAGCAACAAUAACAACAACAAAUAGUUAUCACCUAUGGGCAAGUGUAUAUCGAAAAAUCCAACAUCUCUUACGAUAGCAUUAUCUGAAAAAGAUUUGGCAACAGCCAGCCAUAUUUUAAGUAAAUUCAACGAAAGUUCAGAGUAUAUUGCACUUAAGGACAAGCAUAGGAAUCAAUUAUGCGAGUACUUUGCUGUCAACGAUGCUUGUGCACCAUCAAAUGGCAGUGGCGAGGUGGUUGUCGUCCAUAGAGCAGACGUCGGACCAAAGGCCAAGGGGCACAUUCUACAGGCACACAGCUGCGAACACAUUGCACUGGAUGCGGACGGACAACAAGUUUGGCAUCUUUCAUCGCAACAAGAAAAUAACCACGAAAACACUUGUUUACAUUCACCGGACCAUGGAACGGCUGUAUACCGACUGCUGGCUGCUGUGGAGCAAAAUCAGCCAAAGAUCAACACUAACAAUUGGCCCAACAAGAGCAAUGAUGCAUUUGAAAAUAACGUUGCCGAUGAUAAUGACGACGACAACAAUGCGGCCCAACGAAAUGACGACUGUAAUGACUAUGGAGACGUCAUAGAGUCUGUUGUGGACGAUGACAGUUAUACUACAAUUGCAAUUGUUGGGUCUGGAGACUCUUGCCAUCACAGCGAUUCGCUUACAAAUAAAUAUUUCGCCACAAUGAGUAUCAUCGACAACAAUGGCGACAGCAACAAUAACAAUAUCACCAACCUUGCCAAUAAUAACCACCACCGCCAAAGUACUAACAACAAUAAUUAUUUCGUUGAUGUACCACAAAACUUGACGGAAUUACUCCUCUAUCAUCAUCAUCGUCCUCAUCGUGGCGCACAAGACGAUGACACCACACAACAAGCUGUCUUGGCCAUGGCCAACCGAAAUCAACAUCGGGAGGAGCAGGAGCAGGAAUGUCCCGAAAAACGGAUAAACAGUUCUAAGAAGAAAUUGAAGAAAUCAAAAGAAUACAAUUACGUCGAGGACGCGGAAAAUUCCACGGAACAAAGUGCAAAGGGUCAAACCGAAAGCAAAAGGCAUUCAAAGAAACACAAUGCAGGUGAAAUUCAAACCAAAGGUACGGCCAUGUCUUUUGGAUUUCGCAAAAAUCUCAAUACAACGCCUAAAAAAUUGAAAAAAUUGCUAAAGGGAGAAAACGGCAAAAAGAAACAGGAUAUAUGUAAUAAUGUCUGUACGAAUGACACAGAAGCUGACAUUUCGGCUGAGCAAAUUGAUUCGGGUGGUUAUGAUACAGCAGACAAUGGUACGAAGUUCGCUCAAACUAAUGUUGGAAAUGAUGUGAAAAGUACAACAGGUAUGACAACAACCAACCCAACAAUGACGAAGGAUGAUAAUGGCAAUGCAGAUUUACUCAACAAUGUUCACUUUGAUAAAAUGGGAGCAGUGGCCGCAAACAACUUGAACUCGGGCAACACAUCAACAGUCACAAACAAUACAACAGGGUUGUUGACGGGCGUUGGAGGUGGUGGUGGUGGUGGUAAUGGAAAUGUUCUACUACCUGGUGCCGGCAGUCGCUUUGGCUAUCGUGGACCGAUACGACCAUCAUCUACAGAUAUAACAUCCCGUAGUAAGAACGAAACAAACGAUAAUGUUGAGAACAAUAACAAUGCUAUAGCAGGAAACAACAUCAAAGGACAACUCGUGAGUAACUUGAAACGUCGUUCAAAGAGCGCACAUGCCGGACGUACACCAUCCACAUCCAAUGAAAGCGAUACCGAAGCAAGUGCUGCACCUCGUGCCACUCAGCCCAAGACGAUAACGUUCAAUUUAAAACAAAACAGCACCAUUGAGUAUGACAGACGUCAGUUCUUUGAGCAGCCACCUGUGUCUGGUAUAAGUGGUCGCCAUGGCUAUGGAGGAAUGGCAAAAAGUAAUGUCAUUACAACGGGCAUGCACAACAAUGUCAUACUACGGCCCACAGCCAGAUUGCCAUUGGCCUCAACGACAACGGCUCCGGCAACAACAACUGCAACAGCUUAUACCAAAUACACUCUGCAGACAGUCAGUUUACCAAAGCCGGAAUUUGCUGUACCCAUUAGCAUUAAUGUAUCGACGCCAACAACUCCAGCCAGCACUUCAUACAAUUCCUCCUCAUCGACAUCGUCACGCACCAGAGACAAUUCAUGGAACCGUCCACAGCAUCCACUGACAGAUUCCAAAGCAGCCAAACAUAUGACAAACAGCACUCGACGAACAUUCUCCGGCAGCCGAGAGAUUUCUGCUGAUUCGGGUAUUGCUAGUCUUGACAUGGCUCUCGACAGUUCCGGUUCCAGUCGAAUGAGUACUGGCGCCCACAAAUCAUCUCCGAAACGAAGUCGCAGUCGUCCACGUAAUUUACAGAUGGUAAUGAAUGGUCGUCAUCGUUUCGAGGUGAGAGAUUUGGAUGACUCCUUGUCGAGUGGAGAUAGUUCUAUUGUUGAACCUUUGGCCUUACCAAAGUUGCCAACUGAAAAUCAAACUGUGCCACUACCGCUUAGCGGUUUGAUACGCUCCAAUACGGUAUUGAGUCGUGAAUCCUAUGAGUCACGCAAUGCUGAAAAUAAACAGAAACAAACAGUAAAAUUGGAUACUGAUUUGGGUAACAUAAGUCAAUCAACAUCGAGGCAAGCUUCGGAGGAAGAUAGUGAAUUUGUUGACGAAGAAAAGCUACAUCUGGAUAGAUCGGCCACGGAGAAAGGAGCAAAGGAACGUCAAUUCAAAGACAUCAAUACAUGUUCCAGCAAAACAUCGUCUCCCGGAAGUUCAAUUAUUUCAUCCUGGUGUAAUGCAGGCGAGUCAUUGGCAGCGAAUGAUUUUAGUACGUUAAGUUUGGAUAGCAGUGAGGAUAGCAAUAAGCAGGACAAUAAACUCCUAGAGGAGAAAAAGGAAAGCACACGUAAUCUGUCGUUUGAAAUUAAUGAUGAUGACCUGGUCACACUAAAUACCGAUGUACAAAUCAGCACAUUAUCUUCACUAACUGAACCUGUUACGCUCAACGAUGAAAUCGAUGCUUUACCAAAAGAAUCCACAACACUAGAUGUACUAUCCGAUAACGUCAUGGACGAUAUGGUGGAACGCCCGAAAACCCUUUGCCACUCAUUGAAUGAGACUAAAUUUGCCGAAAUGGCUUUGGAGGGUAGCACAUUUCUAUUGGAUGACGAAACUUCACCUACCGACAGCUUGGUCAGUAGUAGCGAAUCCGAAGGAGCGGCCUGCAAACAAAAGAAACACAAAAUCAAUGAGGAAUUGCAGGAGAAGGAUAUCGAUGAAAUUUCGCCAGAAUUAGACUUGGCUAGCCCUCUAUCGCCCGGUACUCCAACUCACUGCUCGCGUUCUCUGUCCCUCUCGGACUGUGGUAAUUUAAUUGAUGAUGAGAUAGCCGAUCAGCCGGCUCUACUAUUCAAUCAAGAAUCACAGGAUGGUGGGGCAGAGAGCGGCGCAUCGCGCAGAGAUCGAACCGAUACACCAACUCUGAUGGAGAGCUUAAGUUCGCUGCGCAACUCCAUACACAGCCAAACGAAUAGGUCACGCAGUGCCCUAUACCAGGCCAUGGAGUUGAGUUUGCGUACACCUCUGUCUGUGCGCAAGGCAGUGAUGGAACGGGCUGAGUCGCUCGACACGCUCUCGCCAUGCGAAUCAAUUUGUUCCGAUGAUUUGAUGAUGGAUUUCGAUAUGGCCAGCAGCAUGGAUUCGAUUGAUAGAUCGGUGUCCAUCAAAAGUCGCAGUGGUUCUGAUUUAAAUAAAAUUGAUGACAGUGAGCUGUUCUCCGAGCUAGAUCGCAAAGGUAGCGAUGUUAUGAAAGAGUUGAAUAAUCUUCUGAGAAAUAAUUCCAAGAAAAACAAAGAUCGAGAUAUAACUGCUCACUUGCCUGCACGUGCAACCCGUUUAUUGAAUCGUUCUCGCAUGCAGCAACACUGUACCUUGAACAACGAUAACGAUUCCGACAGCACAAGAUCUCCAUUAAGUUCGCGACGUCACCAUAACACGGCCACAUCGUCACGUAAUUCCACAGUAUCAUCGGUGGCCAACAACUACAAUAAUCAGGGCAACAACAGCAGUGGUAACAAUACGGCCAGCUCAUCGCUGCAGCGUAGACAUCAGAAGCAGAAACAGCAUCAACAUCAUCAUCCAGCAUCGUCAUCUUCAUCGGCCGCCUACCAUCAGCAUCAACGCGAUACGCACAGUUCGUCGGACGAUCUCAUGUUGUAUGAUAAAUCGUUUAGGAAUGCUAUGAUCCAAGAUGUGCUGCAGUUCAAGAAGCAAUUGUUACGUUUGCGCAAAAUACUGCAGGAGAAUGAAAAUUGUUUGACGAGGACCGAAACUCUCAAUCCAUUCGAGAAUGAUAAUGGACAACUAUUCACAUCCUGUGGCUUGGACAGCAAAUUGUUGGACGACAUCGAUUUGGCCAGCCUAACAUCAUCGACCACAGAUGACCCGGUGCAGGAACUCUCGGAUCUACGAAGACAGGUGGUUUACCUUCAGGGUCAAGUUGAUGAUCGUGAUCGCACAAUACGUUUGCAGAAAAAUCUCAUUGAACAGCUGGAGGCGGAAAAACAUAAAACGGCUCCAACUAGUGUUGAAGCGCCAAAGGAAUGUGUUACCACGGCAACUCAAACUGAAAGGACUCGUCCUUUGUCGAUUGGCAUGGAGGGUUUAUCGAGAAGUAAGCCGGAAUAUACCAGUUAUACAACAUAUUUUCCGGCCCUCAAUGGCACAACGGUCAUCCAGCAACAACAUCAUAAUUCUGGGCAACAAAAUCCUGGUAAUAUGACACAAAAUAAUAACAAUAAUAAUCAAACUCGACGUCAUACUGUUAUUUCGACCACAUUAUCGAAUUAUAAUCAACAAAUGUUUUCACAACCAACCAUUAUGAAUUCGAACAAAGUUCCAGAGCGUCGGGCAUCGAUUGCAUGGGACAAACCAAUUGCACCCUCAUAUAAACCUGUGAAAAUUACUUUAAUUGGCGAUCCUUUGAAACAGUGGAGCAGUAGUGGCUGUGUCAAUAAGUCACAACCAAAAUGCGAAGAAGAAGAAGAAAAUGUCAAGAAUUGUAAUAGUAGUAAUGGCCAACAAAAACAGCGGGAGUAUCAUGAAAAACAGUAUGAAGAAAUAAGCAAAAACACCCUAAUAAAUGGGAAAUGCAAAAGCGAAGACUGUCGUCCAGUAAAUACUCAUAGUUCUAAACCGUUACAGGAUAUUGUGAAAGCCAAUGAAUUGUUUAGCCAGACAACAUCUGUGCCGCCUAUUCAGCAUCAGCUAAAAUACCAGCAGCAUCCGUAUCAUCAGCAUCAUAAUCAUGCACAGCAGCAGCAUCAUCAUCAUCAUUCACAUUCACAUCAUCACAAUAAUCAUAAACCAACAGUUACUAUAGUUUAGUUUUCAACAACAACAAGAACAACAAUUAUGAUUAUUCUAAUUAAAUGGACAACACUUAUUGUUAUUAAAUCAACGCACACAAUUAUGAAAAAGAACUAUAUAUUUUCGCAUAAAAACUAAACACAGAUUCUGGUAUCUGUAACAACACACACACAAACAACAAUAACAACAAGCAUAAUAGUAACAACCUGUUAAUUCGCCUUUAAACAAACAUGCAAAACCAAAAACCCCGUUAUGUACAAUAUAUAAAUCCUA